UUAAUUUGAUAUAGAAUUUAUUAAAAACCUUAAUGCUGGAAUUCUGAGUCAUUUGAUAUGCCAACAAAGUUAAGAAGCCUAUCCAAUGUGGGGCUUAUCAAGGUGAAGAUCACAAGCAGAAAACGUAUGUGUGUAAACAGUGACUUACUGACUGGGCCACAAGCAAACUCUCUUCAGACAAGUUCGCACAAGACCAUGAAUUGCCUUGACCUAAUAGUGAAUGUAAACACAAGUUAACUGACCAAGACCUGAUACAGCUUGUUGGUCCCAGACUGUUCGAGAGCAUCAACCAGACCUACACUGAUAUUUACAUCUUAACGACUGAGGACAUGCGGAGGUGUCCGAGCAAAGGCUGAGACUUCGCUGGCUCGAUCGAGUUGAAGGCCUGAGCAGACAACUUGGAGUGACACAAGUGAGGGUUUCAGUGGAGAGAGAAAGUGCAGACAUCAUACCUUAGAAGGAUGCAAGAAGGAGUUACUGGACUGAUCAAAGAGCUUGACUUGAAGUCGUAUCUGAAUCAGAUGCUUACUGCAAACGCAUGACCUAAAUGAGAUAAGGACGUAGGGUGUCAACAAGUAUUAUGAAAGAAACAAAAGUAUGAGUUUUAUUGAAUUUGGCUAGGCCCUUACCCUUCCCAUAAGCGCAUAGAAGAUGCACAGUGCGAGUAUAGUUUUUUUGUGAAUGACUGUCGCUGGCCUUGUGUGUGGUUAGGACAGCGCCCAUGGAAGUACCAGUUGGGAAUAAUUUAAAGGAAUUUGUGGAAGGGGAUUUGGGACUGGGAAAUUAGGGGGUGGAUGUUUAGUGGUGCUGGGAGGGUGGUGUAGUGUUUUUGGUAUAAUAGAGAGGAAAAGGAUUUAGUAGUAAUAAUAGAUAGAGAUAGUAUUGCUAUAUCAAGUAAAGUUCAAUAAAUUUUUAUUUUUAUUCAGAUCAAAUUUUUAAUCGGUUGGUAUGGAAGUUUAUAAAGUCCUUUGUAUAUUACAUAACUCUGCCAAAUUUCUGAUUGAUUAUAUACUUCUCGAUUCUUACAUCUUCCAUUUCAGUAGCAUUUGAAAUCUAUUAUCAAUGGUGAUGGUCAAGUCUAAAAGAUUCAGAAUAUCGUACAGCUUGAAGCUAAGGUUGACAUAGUUUCCAUUAAUGAACUAUCUGAUUUAUAUUCUAUACCAUCCUUCCUUUACUCUAAAAACGAAAAUAUUAUACUACAGUCCAUCAAGCUACUUGUCCUCAAUGUUGCUCCUUGAACCAAGAAUUUUUCUCUAUUUUCUUGCCUUUAUAGAGCUCUGUGCAGUUGCUUACUUCAUAGUAAUGUUUUCCUACAAAAUAGCCAAAUCUUGAAUUCUAUAGGUUGAAAUUCAAGUUAAAACUCCACUAUAAAACAACCAAGAUUUAAGAAAUACCAAGUAAAAUUUGCCGAUUUGUUAUGCAUAUGGCAAUAGAUAAAAAAUACUAGUUUUAACUUAAUACACAUGAUGAUUUUGGAAGAAAAGCUUUUGAAAAUAGAAAAAAUUUCUUUUAAAAAGAUUACUUAUAAUCAUUUCUUAAUUUCUAAUAAAUUCCUGAACACCUCAACAGGAAUUACUAUUUUUUAGACAAAAUUUAAAAUUUCACUCUUCCAAAAAACGAUCUUAUAACAUGUUUUUUAUAAAUUAUUUCACAUAAGAAAUUCUAUUCCGCAUAUCUCUCACCCCAUACCUCUACUCACUUCUCUCUGCUUGCCCCAAAACUCCUCUUUCUUUCAUCAAACCCUCUCGCCCAAACCCCUCCUUCAACCCCCAAAACCCCCUAUCCAAACCCCAAAAAACCUCUAUUUCUUCCUAAAAUAUUUUGAGUUCUUCCUAAAGUUUCAAAUUUUGUAAAAAAAUAGGGGUUUUGGGGUUUUGG